UGAUUGCACGCAUACACUAAAGCUUUUGAGUCUUUGAUGCUAAAUCUAUAAAGUGUGCAUACCAAAUUUUUAGCUAGAAAAAUGCAGGAUUGACCUCAAAAGUCAAACAUGCAAUGAAUUGACUCUUAACAUUGAUAGCUCUAUAAGUAAACUGUAAUCUUCAUAUGAUCUUUAUUAACUUUGCUCAACUAAUGGUAGCAGAUAUACCAGAAGAGGGUCUAAUGAACUUAGGCAACUUACGAAGCUUCACAUUCAAAGAACUCCAAUACGCAACCGACAAUUUCAACUCGAAAAACAUCCUCGGCACCGGAGGAUUCGGUAACGUGUACAAAGGAAAACUAGGGGACGGGACAAUGGUCGCAGUCAAACGUUUAAAAGACAUCAACGGGACCGCCGGAGAAUCACAAUUCCGGACAGAAUUGGAGCUUAUUAGCCUCGCGGUUCACCGGAAUUUGCUCCGGUUGAUCGGGUACUGUGCCGCCCCUGUUGAAAGACUACUGGUUUACCCUUUCAUGGCUAAUGGCAGUGUAGCUUCAAGGCUUAGAGGUAAACCGCCGUUGGAUUGGAAUGCGCGAAAAAGAAUUGCAAUUGGAGCCGCACGCGGUUUAUUAUAUCUACACGAACAAUGUGACCCGAAAAUUAUCCACCGAGACGUGAAGGCGGCAAAUGUCCUGUUAGACGAGUUUAAUGAGGCGGUAGUGGGUGACUUUGGGCUGGCUAAACUUCUUGACCAUGCUGACUCGCAUGUCACUACUGAGGUUCGUGGUACCGUAGGCCACAUUGCACCGGAAUAUCUGUCUACUGGUCAAUCGUCAGAGAAGACUGAUGUUUUCGGUUUUGGGAUUUUGUUGUUGGAACUGAUAACGGGGAUGAGAGCGUUUGAGUUUGGGAAGACGGCUAACCAGAAAGGCGCGAUGCUCGAAUGGGUGAAAAAAGCACACCAAGAGAAGAAGGUAGAACUUUUAACCGACAAGGAGCUCGGAACCAACUAUGAUCAAAUCGACGUGCGUGAAAUGCUACAAGUGGCGUUACUUUGUACGCAGUACACCCCGGCCCACAGACCACGGAUGUCGGAGGUGGUUAGGAUGCUAGAGGGGGACGGUCUAGCCGAAAAAUGGGCCGCGACACAUAACAAUAUAAAUCCCAACACCAUGAGAAAAAAUGGGAUGGUCCAAAAACUUGAUGACAAUGAUGAUGACUAUACAUCAAGCAUGCUUGGAGUGAUGUUGAUGGAUGAUGACCAUGAUCCCCAUGCCAUGGAACUCUCGGGUCCAAGAUGAUUAUCAAAUGUUACAUACCCAAAUAGUGUUUUGUUUGGUUAUUUUUUUAGUGUUUAAAGGGUUAUGGAAAAAAAAUUGGAUGUAUAUUUGGUAAAUAGGUUUGAUUUUUUUUAAUUUUAUUAUGUCUAGAUGUUAGGGUCUAAUUUAUUUUUCAAAAUAUUACGUGUAGGAAAAGUUACUAGUGAAGUUUGUU